UUCUACCAGACUGCGCACAGGAAAGUUAAAUUAGCUUAAACUUGAAAGAAAACAAUUUUAUAGAGUUUCAACUAGCAAACUUGUACAAAGGAAACCAGAAACCGAUUAUAAAAAUUCAAAUGUUAUGAUUUUUAAUUUGGUAACACCAAAUAAGACAGGUCUGUUUUUAUUGACACGUGCAAAUCCUUCAGUUGAAGGCCAUAUUCUUCAGAUUACCUUCAAAUCUACACGUAUUUGAGAAAUGGGGUCUCCAGAUUCUUCAUCGUCGAGAGCUUUCAGGUUACCGGACUGUUGGAAAGAUGAUGUCCGCAUGACUGCUCUUUUCGCCCUACCUAGAAAUGAAUCUCUCAAUCCACAUGAUUGGGCUGGAAAAUACAAGUUCUGGAAAGAGUUAAUUCUAGAAUGGGCUACACUAAAUCAAAUACUUGUAUUUGAUGUGGAAGAUAUUAAAAAAGUGUUUGUCAGGAAUGGAAAAUUUCCUGCAUCGCUAAACAGGGUUCUGGAAGACAUGAAAAAAAAUGGUGAUAUUGUCACCAAGGAUCAAUAUUCUUAUCAAACAGAUCAGUCUUCAUCAUGGGCAAGAUGGGGGAUCAGCCUCAUUACAUCAUCUGUUGCCUGGUCAUGGAACAAGGUUAUGACUUCUCUCACCGAAACUGAGGAAACUAUCCCAAAAUAUGUGGUUCCUAGUGUGCUAAAGAAAAUGUGCGAAAAAAUUCUCCAGCUACCUAUUGCUUCAUCAGAAGAAAUAAUGGAAGUUGAAGAACUUACAGAUUUACAUCCUGAAGUAUUUGGCAAUGAUGAAGAAACUCAGUUAAUCUUGAAUCAUCUCCAAAAUUUGGGUAAGGUAGCCAUCGAGGCUUCCUCGGAUCAAACCAUGAUCAAGUUUAUCAUUCCAACGAUAAAAACAAAGCAAUCGCAGCUAAAUAAUUCUGGUUGGAGCGUAUCUCCUGCUAAACAGAAGGAGAAAACUAUUGAAAUAACUGAAGUUGAUCGCAGUCUAGCUACUCUUAAACGAACGGAAAAGUUGCUCAACGACGAAAUUGAAAGUAUGGAAAUGGAAAUGAAGACACUAGAACAGACGGCGCGUGCACGACUGAAAAAGAGGGUUCCCGUGGAGCUGCUAAAGCUGCACUGUAUCGCCGCAAACAAUUACAAGCUGUCUUUGAAAAACGUAAUCAAGCACUGUCAAAUAUCCAGACUAUGA